CGUACACACGUUCAGUUUUUGUUUAAAACUUGACUGAACAGGCCUGGCCGUUCAGGCAAGUCCUAACGUAUGUAUGCAAAAACUGAAGGCUCGUUCAGUCCUGGGCGCGGCAUGAACUGAACUGGUUGUUCUUGAUUUUUUGAAUUGGCGCGAAUGACCACGUGCAUAUAUAAAUGAAUAAUAUAUUGAAACUUUUAUGAAACUCAGCUUAUUAAACUCAAAUAUUAUUCAUCAACUAUUAUUAAUAAUAUAAUUAAGAUAUUAUAUCAGAAUUCGAGUAAGUACAGAUAUAAUAAUUAUAAAACUAUUGUAAAUGAUUAUCUUCAGUAUUUUAAAUUAUAAUAGUAGUAUGGACUCUCGAAAUUGGCCACAAAAGAUUCUGAGCGAAUUCAUUGAACUGUACCGAGAAAACCCAUGUUUAUGGAAAGUUAAAGCAUCAGAAUAUAGUGACAAAAAUAAAAAAAACGAUGCAUAUGAUGUAUUACUCGUCAAACUAAAAGAGAUAAACCCAAACUCGAACAGACAAGACGUGGCAAAAAAAAUUAAUUCAUUACGCAGUUGCUUCCGCAAGGAGUAUAAGAAAGUAGUCGCAUCAAUGAAAUCGGGCGCUGGUACAGAUGAUAUCUACAAGCCCAACUUAUGGUAUUUCGACUCAUUGAUGUUUCUCAAGGACCACGAAAUGCCAAGAUCGAGCAUCGGUAGUGAUUGUCCAGAAUUCAUUGAUACUCUUAGUCAGAACAACGAUAGCGAUGAAGUCAGUCAAGAAUUUCAGGAAACAGAUGCAAAUUUACAAAUACCUAGUCCUGUUUCUCCAUGUCUUAUAACUAAUAGCUCAUUGACCAAAAAUAACGAUCGUAAAAGAAAAAAUCAUUCACAAGAGAUGAAUAUCAAGGCUGAUGAAGUGUUAACUUUAGUUGGAGAGAAACUUAAGUUUUCAAAUCCUGAAGAUGCCCAUGAUAUUACUGGUAAAAAUAUCGCAGGAAAAUUACGAACUUUAGACCCCAUGAUGAGAAUUUAUGCAGAAAAAAUAAUUUAUGAUGCCUUGUUCGAGGCCCAGUUGGGCACCUUAAAUAGAUAUGCACGUAUUGAAAUUCCGCAAAUACCAGAUCAAAAUGCACCAAAAUCAGCAGUCAACAACUCAAUUACUGACAAAUCCAUACAUAUCUCAGGUACAUCAUCGCCAUUGUUUUUUCAAGGUACUGAACAAAAUGUUGAGCACGUCUAUCAAAAUCUACAGCCCGCACAAUCGCGCUUAUUUUCAAUUUCAAAUCUAAUUGAUGAAAAUCAAUCAUACAAAAACGGACAAGAAACACCAGGAAAUGAUGUAGGCGAGUUCUUGUAUUUUAAAUAAAUUGAAGUGUAUUGCACUUAUCA